AUGGCGGACGGUGGAAGUAAUACACAAGAAGACGAUGAAGUUCCUGGACGUGUCGUGGGAAUUUUGUGUCAAGCGUGUUUAAGUAAAGAUAAGAAAAUUGUAGCUGACACGUUUUGUUCAACGUGUAAUGAAUUCCAGUGUAUUGAUUGUUCAGGUGUGCAUAACGUGCUUGACAUCUUUACAAGUCAUAAAUUGUUAAACGCAAAUGUAGCUCAUGUGAUCAGAUGUGACCAACAUCAAAAGGUUUUAGAUUAUUUCUGUGAAGAUGAGAAAAAGCUUUGUUGCAGUACUUGCGCCAUUGUUGAUCAUCGUGAAUGUAAAAUCAUUGUUGAGGUCGAGAAAAUUGCCGGGAAAAUGAUGUCACCUGCUUCUAGCCUAGAAGAGAUAUUGCAGGAAGCCAAAGAAAAUGCUAAAGAUAUCAAAAGACACAUCAUCUCUACAAUAGAUCAAUUUGCUCAAGACGUUCAAGAAAUACAAGCAAAUAUUAAAGAAAUGCGAGAUGAAGUAAUGAAAAUGUUUGACGAAUUGGAAGUUUUAAUUGUUAAGAGAGCUAAAUCUUUUCAGAAAGAAACAAAGGGUAACCUUGAAAAGAAGCAGUCACAAAACGAAAAACAUUUGGCUAAUAUUACAGCGUAUUUAUAA